AUGAAGCAAUCAGUAGCUAGGAACUCCACCGCUACCAUCAGACCCCAAAACCUGUCCUUAGCUAUGCAAACGCUACUACUGCCGGCAGGUCGCUCCGGCAACACACAGCCAGCUUCGCUGCCGUCGGCGGCGGCAAAACCCUCAUCGUCUCACUUCCACCGCCCAACUCUCUCAUUCAAUUUCGCCCCCAAUCUCUCCUUUUCUUUCUCUUCCUUAAAGACUCUUCGAUCUCUCUGUCCUUCCUCUACAUCUUCACCGUCACCAUACAUUUCUCUGAUUAAUAGAACAAGGACUUUAGCUUCAGCUCCCAUAUCUACGGCUUAUACUUCCCCAACGACGACGCUGAAAAGGCCAAGCUCGCUCAGGUUCUAUCUCUACAUGUCUAACUGGUGAAUUACAUGUAUAUUAGAUUGAAUGAGUUAAUUUAUACAUUUAAAUUUCGAAGAACAAUUCUUGAAUUCUCCGUUUAGGUUUUUUUUUUUUUUUUAUUAGAGACUCUGUUAGAGCUUUUGAUUCUGUAAUGUGUUUGGCCUGAAGAUUGUUGCUUGGGUUGGUUUAUUAGUUUACUGAGUUAAAUCAUACCCAGAGUGGUCAAUGUUGUCAGGUUUGUUGGGGUUUCUGAAUCAUUUUCAACACAAUUGUAGUGUCAAUGUGUCAUGCAUUUAUAAUGUGUGUUUUUGAAGUGAAAAUUCGUCUUUGAACUUAGUAGUUAGAGUUUCUGUGCAUUAUUGUGAACAAUUAUGAGUUCUCAAUUAGGGUUGCAAUGCAUUUAUUGCUAAGUUUACUUAUGAGUUAUGAACUGAAGGUUUAUGGUAGUGAUGAGAAAUUUUGAAAAUUUUAUAAGGUUUUAGUCCUAUUCAAAUACGAUGUUUGUUAACUCUUUGAGAACUUCAAGAUUGUGCGUUGAAUGCUGGUGUAGGUUGCAAAGAGAUUAGAAAGUACUUCAAGGUAUUUCAAGAGAUUAGGCAGUUUCGGUUUUUGGGGGCAACUAGUCUGCACAGUGGUUGCUGCUGUGAUCCUUUCAUUUUCUAUUGUUAUUACCGGGAAGAUCACAUCGCCUGCUACGUUUUAUGCUACAGCUGGUGGAAUAGUGGCCGCUUUCAUUUCUGUGUUUUGGUCAUUUGGUUAUAUUCGUCUUUCUGAUAAGCUUCGAAAAACUGCCACUGACCCUUCAAA